AUGUCCAGUCCCGAUGCCGACGAAGUGUUAUUCGCAUACAUUGCAGUAGCCUCUCAUGCGGUGAGCUUAGUGCUAGUUCGAGAAGACAACGGCACGCAGCGGCCUGUUUAUUAUGUAAGCAAAUCACUACAGGAGGCAGAGACCCGGUAUCUCCCCCUCGAAAAAGCUAUAUUGGCCGUCGUACAAGCCACGUGGAAGCUCCCCCACUAUUUUCAGGCACAUACAGUAGUUGUGCUAACUCAACUUCCACUGAAAUCGGUCCUCCGCAGCGCCGACUACACAGGUAGAAUAGCUAAGUGGGGAACAAUCCUGGGUGCCUUCGACAUUAGAUACAUGCCUCGCACCGCCAUAAAAGGGCAGGUCCUCGCCGAUCUAGUAGUUGAAUUUGCGGAGCCCACCCUAGAAGGGAUGGAAAUGUCAGGGUCACGAAGUGUUGAUGGGAAACUGGUCAGCACGGUCUCUCAGCAUGAGCACAAUAGGUGGAGACCACACAUUGAUGGUGCAGCAAACCAAAGGGGCUCAGGGGUGGGGCUCGUUCUAGUCUCUCCCGAAGGAAUAACCAUAGAAAAGUCGUUGAGGCUCGGAUUCUUGGCCACGAAUAACGAAGCCGAGUAUGAGGCACUGUUGGAGGGAAUGUCGAUGAUCCGGAAAUUGGGUGGAAAAUGCGCAAGCAUAUUCUCGGAUUCGAGACUUAUUGUGGGACAAGUAAACGGGGAAUUGGAGGCGAAGGAUGAAAGAAUGCAAGGGUACCUUGCUCAGGCUAAACACCUGCAGACCCAUUUCAGUGACUUCCGAUUAAUGCAUAUACCCAAGAGUGGGAACACCUAUGCGGAUUCUCUCGCAACAUUGGCCACCUCCUCGGCUCAGCCCCUUCUGCGGGUUAUUUUAGUUGAAGAUCUCUGCCGCCCAACAACAGAGGAGCCCAACGGUGUUCGGGUACAUAGCGUCGAGGCAGGGCCUAGCUGGAUGGACCCUCUGGUGCUGUUCUUAAAGCACGACACCUUACCAGACAAUAAGGUUGAAGCUGACAAAAUCAGGAGGAAGGCUUCUCGAUUCUGGCUAUCCGAGGACUCCAAACUUUACAGACGUUCGUUCUCGGGGCCAUACUUGCUGUGUGUGCACCCAGGGGCUACGGAACUCAUCCUGGAGGAGCUACAUGAAGGGAUUUGUGGAAGCCAUAAGGGGGGCAGGUCUCUCUCCCACAGGGCCAUGACGCUGGGUUACUGGUGGCCGAGCAUGCACAAAGAGGCUCUAGAAUAUGUGAAGAAGUGCGACCAAUGCCAAAGGUUCGGGACCCCGCACACCCUGAUCUCGGACAACGGCCUCCAAUUUGACAGCAAAGCCUUUAGAGAAUACUGUAAUGAGCUGGGGAUUAUCAACCGAUACUCCACACCGGCCUACCCAUAG